AUCAUCCUUCCGGCUCUGAAAUGGUCUUGUCAGACCAAAAGGGGCUGACCCAGCAAAAAAAAAAAAAAAAUGACGGCAGCGGCGUUUGGUCAGCGGCAGAGGUUUAUUUACGGUGAAUGACAAGAUGAAGUCGGUAUCCCAGGUCGCCCGUGUCCGAUUACGUGAGUGUGCCCAACGUUCGACUCUAUUCGGUCGUCUUCCUGGACUUUCCUGCUCUUGGGAAUUCGCAGGUUAACAUGCCACUUACAGAGGGCUCGAACUUUUCGAAAAUCUUUUCGUUCAAGUUAUUUGAACAAAAUCUAUAAGCACUUAUUUUAACUUCAUUUUUUUUGUAUUUCUUAAGUCAGUUUUUGUAUUUUGUUCUUUCGCGAUUGGCGUGCCAAAGUGAAGGAUCAAAAAUCGAUUUAGCACACAAGUUUGCUAAAAAGGUUUUCUUCACUUUUCUCUUGACUUUUCUUUUUAAAAAAUCCAAGGAUAAAUGGCCUUGAUCCAAGGCCUCCAAGAUUGACUCGAUUAACACCUGUAAGGUUGCUGCAAGGUAUUAUAAUUUUAAAGACGGUGGUUCGCGCCUAGCGGUAAUAAUUUGGUAUUUCGAGCGUUCUGUUCUGGUAAUUUUGCUUCAGCUACAUUGUUGGCACACGUUUGGCAGCGGCGGCCUCCUCUCAGGUCGGCCGGACUUUGCCGCGCCGAACCUUGGCCGGCUAUCUGAGACCACGGUCGGUCGGUCGGCCGUCCCAUGAGCCCGGCCACUCCGCCCGCCGCCGCCGUGGUGCCCGCUGGCCGCCGUGGGGACACCCAGUGACUGAGGCGCGCCGAGCUGUCGUGUGAGGAGAUCCUGCUGACCGGGCCCGACCGGUCUGCCCGCCCGGCCAUGGAGUCGCCGCGGAGAAAGAGUCUGGAGCCGCGGAAGAGUCUGGAGGCGCACAGUCUGGAGCAGCGCCGAGACUCGGCCGUGGCGGCCGCCUGGGGCCGGCUCAGCAUCACAUCGCUGCAGGCCAAGGCAGAGCAAGCGGCCGACGACGAGCCGCCCUCGUCGACUGUGAUUUACUGCAUCUUCUACCUCCUCGGCAUGGGCACGCUGCUGCCCUGGAACUUCUUCAUCACCGCCGACUCGUACUGGAACUACAAGUUCCGGAACGUGACCAGUGACAGCACCGAUGACACGGAGCCCACCGAACUGCAGUACAACUUCUUCGGCUACCUGAGCGUGGCCUCCAUGGUGCCCAAUACCAUCUUCCUCACACUGAACGCAGUGCUCGGCCACAACAUCAAGCAGCAGGUGAAGCUGGUGUCGUCGCUGAUGCUGGUGAUUGUGUUUUUCAUCAUCACCACUGUGCUGGUGCCCAUCGACUCGGACGACUGGCAAAACACCUUCUUCGCAGUCACCAUGGUCAUGGUGGUCAUACUCAACAUGGGCGCCGCGGUGUUCCAGGGCGGCCUGUUCGGUCUGGCCGCCCAGUUCCCGGCCCGGUACCUGUCUGCCGUCAUAUCGGGACAGGCGCUGGGAGCCGUGUUCGCCUGUGUGGCCAGGAUCGUCUCUAUAGCUGUAUCAUCUGGCCAGGACCCAGACUCCGCGGCCGUCAACUCGGCGCUGGUCUACUUUAUCCUGGCUGACGUGACGCUGGUCGUCUCCAUCGCCUGCUACGUCUGGAUGUCUCGCAUGUCGUUUUACGAGUACUACACUCGGGCGUCCCGGCUCACGUCUGCCACCGAUGACGAGUCUGUGGCACGGGCCGACUCAGAGAGGUCUAACGACAUCUCCGUCUGGAGAAUCUUCCUCAAGAUCAAGUGGUACGCGCUCUCCGUGUGUCUGGUGUUCGUCGUGACGCUGGCGCUGUUCCCGGCGGUGACGGCCAAAAUCAUCCCCAAACGCCAGGAGGACGGCGACCCAAACACGUGGACGAGGGAUUACUUCGUUCCCGUGUGCUGUUUCCUCCUGUUCAACGGCUGUGACUAUAUCGGCCGGAUCCUCGGCGGAUUCACCGUCUGGCCCAAGAUGAACCACUGGUACCUGGUGCUGGGGUUCACGCUGUUGCGGUUCGCCUUCUUCCCGCUGUUCAUGUUCUGCAACAACGGCCAGAAGAACCUGAGCAUCGUGUUCGAGGAGGACGCCUACUACAUCGUGUUCAUGGUGGUGUUCGGCCUGUCGAACGGCUACCUCUCCACCCUCUGCAUGAUCUACGGACCCAGUCUGGUGGAGCCGGAGGAGCAGAACACGGCCAGUUCUAUGAUGGCCGCCUUCCUCGGCCUCGGAUUGUGCUUGGGCGCUCUUCUAAGUAACCUGUCCAUCAGUCUGCUCUGACCUCCAUCGGUCUGCUUUAACCGAGACGGAGGCAGGACGGACGGUCAGUCGGCCCUAGUCGGACUGAGGUAAUGUUGCGCGGUGCGAGGUACGCAGACGCCGCGAAAUGUCAGUCGCUGUGAGACUCGUGACUGAGGUUCUACUGAGCAGGGGCUACCCGUCCGCACUGACUGGCCACAGGACGCCACUGGAUGAUAAUGAUAGGGGUGGGUCUAGCCGCGGCGACCCGAUGUUGUGAGGAGAGUCGGCACGGUCGAAGCGUGCUGCUGCCCCAGUCGCGACGACGGCGUCUGCUUUUUUAUUCCACGGGCGGUGACAAUCUUACCGACAGCGGCCGGUGCCGAGUAUUGCGAACUUGCCGGCGGUAUAUCGGAGUGUUUUUGAAGGCGUACUGAGCUUAUGAGGUCAGACUGCAGAGCGGUCAGGUCGGAGUUGAUCAGGGCUCUAUCGUAGUGCCUGUGCUAUUUAAUUUUACACGACUUAUCAAAUAAUCGUGAGUUCCUGCUAGAUUUCUGUUUUACUGCCCUUUGAACAAGUUAAGGGGAAUGUACCAUUGUACAUAUAGGUACCAAUUACUAUUUUGUGUGCAUGGUUACCCGGCAAUAGGUAUGCACCUUAGGUCCGAAUUAAAUUGUACAACAAUCGUCGGCGAUCUCACGUCACCGCGCUACGUUGCCAUCGUCUGUUGAUACCGUAAAGGUCCUUUGACGUUUAACCAGAGUCGAAGUCGCUGGCCGCACACUUUCUAUCCGCGGUCAGCGCUGUACUUACAUAAUUUUCUAACCCCAACGUUUACCGGGAGUCGAACCAAAGCAUUUGUGUGGAGCGGGGAUCGUGUUGUGCGCAGGGGACAUCAAACGACAGUAGAUAGCUGCCGCCUGUUGGUCGCAUUUGCGUCAUCCGCAAAUCGUCGGAUGGCGACACUACUAUUACGGUGUAUUGUUGAAAUGUGCAUAUGUCAGAAAUGGUGUUUAAGGAGCUGUGAUCGCACAAAACGCGACACCCGUAUCAUUCACGGUCGUUAUCCCUCACACUGCUGCUGAAUUUCUGCGGAUUCGACCACAGCAGGGCCGCGGGGACAGCCUCGGACCAACUCAUGGGACCAGUGCCUUAUCGUUGCGGGCCUCCAGGGCUAAGCGCUCAUACAGUACAAGGCGAGCCGUUUUUCCGCGCGCUCCUGUGAGGAUGGGCAACAGUGCUGUUGUGUGAAUGCGUUGGCGUAUAUUGCAGUGCGUGAUAUGAUAUUUAAUAGCCGAACCGAAUACAUGGUUAUCCCACCGA